UAUACAUUUCAAAUAGAUUUUCCAGAGAUGAAUUUUGUGUGGAUUUUCCCCUCCCUUUUUCCAGUGUAGCAGAAAAAAAAUCGUAUCGUUGGUGAUUGAAUAAUGUGGAGACAUAGUUGCCUCGGACAAUCGAGAAAAGUUCGUCUGAAAGUGGAUGCCGUAUUCAUCUGCGUGUUCUCAUGUCUGCUGUCCCUCUCGAGUGCGAGGAAUCAUCCACCGGAAUUCCUCAUAAAUGGACAGACAGAAAUUGUGGUGAGGCUGAAGGAGGGCCCGGAAACGCCAGUUGGUACAUUGAUAUACAGACUGAGAGGAAUUGAUGCCGAUGGAGAUGCUCUGACGUUCGGUGUGAAGGAUCAACCUGGGGCUGAUGUCAUUCGAGUUGAAAAUUUUGCCACACAAGAGGCCAAUGUAUUUCUCAACAAAUUACUUGAUAGAGAGGUGCAAGACGAGUACGCGUUGGUUUUGACGUUGACGGAUCACAAAUUGGGUGACGGAAAUUUUAUAACCCAGAGUCUUCUGCUUCUCGUGGAGGACAUUAAUGACAACGUACCUAUUUUCCGUCCACAUCCAACUACACUGACAGUAAGAGAGAACUCUGGACACGGAAUCCUCAUGACCGUUGAGGCCACGGAUGUGGACGAAGGCCCUCACGGUCAAGUGGUCUAUCAGCUGCAGGAACUCGAUGGAGAUAAUGAUCUGUUCUCAAUUUCCACUGUCAAUGGAAAAGGGGUCAUCCGACUUGUUGGCGAACUCGAUUACGAAAGAAAGUACUUGUAUCAACUCCGAGUUCUCGCCGUUGAUCGAGCGAUCAGUGGAAAAGUAAAUACCGGGACCACUGCGAUUUUAGUUAAAGUCCAAGAUGUAGAAGACCAGCCACCGGAGUUCAUUGCCAUGACUCCAGUUGCAAGAAUUAGUGAAAAUGCGAAGAUUGGAACAUCCGUUCUUCAAGUUCGAGCGAUCGAUGGAGAUAAAGGAAUUAAUAACCGUGUAUCCUACAGCAUCACAGAAGGUCCGAGAUACCUCUUCGACAUCGAUUCGAUCUCCGGGGUAGUCUUCACCAGAGGGCAACUAGACCGUGAAUCAGAAGACAAUAACGAUGGUACCUUCAUCCUCGAGAUAACAGUCAAAGAAGUAUCAAAAGUCACCCCGACGCCAUCAGUGACAACAGAAGUGACGAUUAUCCUCGUCGACGUGAACGAUGAGACCCCGAGAUUCCGAAGUGAUCGGUACCUAGCUGAAAUAAAUGAGAACGCACCUCAGAACACACCAGUGAAUUUCAUCGGUGAUGCAGUACCCGAAGUCUACGAUCACGAUUUGGGCACCAACGGGACAUUUCGUAUGUUUGUCGAUGGAGAUGGUGGAGUCUUCGAUAUCACACCUUCCAGGGGCAUCAACGAGGCCCCGUUCCUCAUUCGAGUCAAGAACCCGAAGAAACUGGACUUUGAACAGACUUCUAUCAUAAACUUCACUCUCAUAGCUAAAGAGAUUGUUCCCAUCCAGCCGAAAUUCACUAUUGUCCCUAUAACAGUUCUGAUAAAAGAUCAGAAUGAUAAUUAUCCAGAGUUCACUCAGAACGUUUACGAGGUGAACAUCCCGGAGAACAGUCCAAUCGGUACGACAAUCGCUUGGGUCCAGGCACUGGAUGCUGACAGUGGAAAUUACGGAAGCAAAGGAAUCAGAUACACAAAUCUUGGUGGAAGCAUAGCCUACGCCCUGAGAUUGAACGGAACCUCUGGUGUUAUUACCAUCAGGCAAACAGGUCCAGGUUUUGACCGGGAAUUAGUCUCACGUCAUUACUUGACUGUUGAAGCUCGUGAUGAUCUUGGAAGAGGGAAUCGAAAUACAGCACAAUUAAUCGUGAACAUUGAGGACGUCAACGACAAUCCGCCGAUUUUUCUGCAGAACAAAUACGAAGCUGUUUUACUCGAGAAUAAAAGAGAGUUCGAGUCAUCACUGAGAGUCGAAGCGUUUGAUAUCGAUCUCAAUGGCACUAAAAAUAGUCAAAUUAUUUAUUCAAUAGUUGCGAGUGAAUUCUCGCGAAAUUUUACGAUUGAUUCCAAACGGGGAGUGAUAAAGCCAUCGUCGGCGAUGGAUUAUGAGGCUCUGCCGAUCAAUCAGGGGCACAGAGAGACUUCGAUUCGAGCAUUAAAAUUAACUGUACGAGCUAGGGACAUGGGAACCCCCAGUCUAAGUUCAGACGCACCUUUAACGAUCUACCUCAAGGACAUCAAUGACAAUGAACCGAUGUUUGAGCGCUCUCUUUACCAGAAAAAUAUUCCUGAAGACUUGGAAGGUGGGACUACUGUUCUUCAGGUGAAAGCAUGGGACAAGGAUCUCUCAGCUCCAAACAACAAAAUAGUUUAUCGAAUUCAGAGAGGUGCUGGUGAUAAAUUCAUCAUUAAUCCAGAGACUGGUAUCAUUCAGGUUGCCCCGGGUUCCAAUUUGGAUCCCGAUCUGACAUCUCCGAAGACAGUAAACUAUGUCCUGAGGGUUGUGGCAAUAGACAGUGGAACAGAACUACAAAAAUUGUCUGACGUCCUAGUGAACAUCACAAUAAUUGACGUUAACAAUAAACCACCGAUGUUCAAAGAUCCUGGAACAGUUGUGAUCAGGGAAAAUACUCAGAUUGGAGCUUACGUUCAUCGAAUCGUAGCGACAGAUCCGGAUAUAUCACCAAUACUUCGAUACCGAAUAGAUUCGAAUUCAUCGGAGGCCCGAAACGAGGAAGGAACGCUGAUCAGACACCAGGAGUAUGAUUACCUAGCUGCUCUCGAGUUAAACGCCAUCGAUGGAUUGUUGAGAGUAAAAAGACUGAUCGAUAGAGAAAAAGUCGAGACAAUCAAGCUUGGUCUAGUCGUCGAGGACCUCGCAGCGGUAAAAGGUGUGCAAACAGCAUCAGCAAUUCUGAAUAUUUUAAUUGAAGAUGAGAACGAUAACAAUCCGAAGUUCCGACGGCCUUUCUACAGAAGAUCAUUAACUGAGAACAGUAAAAAUGGUGUUCACAUUGCCAGCAUCGUUGCUGACGACGCUGAUAAGAACCGAACCAUCACAUACUCCCUAGAGUGUCCACCAGAGAUAACAGAUUUGAUUCAUUUGGAUUCUGAAACUGGUGAAAUGGUUGUGGCGAAUAAAAUAGAUCGGGAGGUCUUCGCCUGGCUCAACAUGACAGUUCGUGCAACGGACUCGGGUAUUCCCCCAAGAUCUAGCCUCUCUGAAGUGUAUGUACAAGUUAUAGACGAGAAUGAUAACAAUCCUUACUUCAUAACUGAUAUCACUAACGUCACGGUAUUGGAGAAUGCAAAAGUCUCAACUGAAGUAGCAAGAAUUGAGGCGAGAGAUCCGGACAGUGGAGAUAACGGUAAAAUAACGUAUCUGCUAGAUCGACUCUCGUCGCAGGGAAAAUUUUCCAUCCAUCCGGACACCGGUGCAGUAGCCGUAGCGGAUAUCCUGGACUGGGAAGUCAAGCGCAGUUAUCUAUUAAUAAUCGAGGCCUGGGAUAAUUACCAAUUUGGAUAUUCAGCUGGAGAGUCUAGGAAUGCGUUCAAGCAAAUAGAAGUUAUAAUAGAAGAUGUUAAUGAUAACUCACCGAUUAUCGACGUUCCAGAAGAUUGCGUAACGAUAUCAGAGUUUCAUGACGCCAGGGAUGUGGUUGUUCUGGUGAAGGCUGAGGAUGCUGAUGAUCCAGCGGGUCCUAAUGGUCGAGUGGCGUUCAGGAUUAGUUCUGGAAAUGAAAUGGCUCUGUUUAUGGUUGAACAGGUUGACUACUGGUCCGCUAAGAUCAAGACCACUGGGUCUUUGAGAGGAAAAUUUGGCAACUACUCGUUGAAUCUUGAGGCUCGAGACCUGGCCAGCCCUUCGAAUAGAGACGAGAGGGUGUUGCAUAUUUGUGUGACGGAUUACAAUGAUAAUCCACCGAUUUUUUUGAGUCCUCAACAUAACACGACGAUAAGAGUACCUGAGAAUGUCACUGUGGGGUCAUCGAUCAUUCAGGUUGAGGCUGUGGAUGCUGAUACUGGAUUGAAUGGAGAUGUCCAUUAUCGGUUGAAGCAAGAUCUCGCUGGUCACUGGAGGACCUUUCAUAUUGACGAUAAAACUGGCGUGAUAACGCUGAAACAUCCGUUAGAUCGUGAGACCCAAAAAAUGUACGAAAUUCGUGUUGAGGCGUACGAUUUGGGAAUUCCAACUCCACUCAGUACAGAUCUUGAUCUCAUAAUUUAUGUUAAAAAUAUCAAUGAUUAUGAGCCACAGUUUAUGGUGGAUGUGUUCACGGUGAUGUUUUUGGAGGAGCAGUUUCCUGGUGCAGAGGCUGUGGUCCUUCCUGAGACCAUUGAUAAGGACGAAGUUGAUGAUCUUGAUGAUCCACCAACGCAGGUGUGUUACUUCAUCGUUGGUGGUAAUGAUGAUGAUUAUUUCACUCUGGAUACGGUCACGCAUGAAUUGACUACUGGAAAAACACUGGAUAGAGAGGAGAAAGUGGAUCAUUUGCUGCUGGUAAAAGCGACAGAGGACUGUAAUACAGUUCCGGUCAAUCAGAGCUCCUUCAGCGAGGAGGAUGAUACACUGCUGAAAGUCGUCAUUACUGUGAGCGACGUUAAUGAUAAUCCUCCGAAAUUUACGAGUAGAGUAUUCACCGGGGGAGUUACAACAGCUGCCGAUUUUGGGACACAAUUCAUGCACGUGAAGGCAAUCGAUUUGGACGAGGGUGAUAACGCUGUAGUGAGUUACUACCAGAUCGGUAAGAUCCACAUGACUCUGACGGAGGGGCUCGACGAUAUGAAUUUGCAGCCCUUCCUCGUGGACAGGCUGACAGGUGCUGUCAGUCUCAACUUCGACCCUCAGCCGAGAAUGAAGGGCUACUUCGACUUUAUGAUUAUUGCUAACGACACCGAAGGUCUUCAGGACACGGCACGCGUCUUCAUCUACUUGCUACGAGAAGAUCAACGAGUUCGAUUUGUCUUGAGACAACAUCCACCCGAAGUUCGAAACCGAAUCGAUGCAUUCCGGGAAAUCCUGGGGAAUGUCACGGGGGCAAUCGUGAAUGUCGAUGAAUACAAAGUUCAUGAGAAUCAUGAUGGAUCAGUCGAUCGCACGAGAACCGAUCUCUAUCUCCACUUGGUAAAUCGUCAGGACAACUCGAUCCUAGAUGUCUCACAGGUCCUGGCUCUCGUCGAUCGUAAUAUUGAGAAGUUGGAUAAUUUAUUCAAAGAAUUUAAUGUGCUUGAUACCCAACCUGCUCAAUCAUCACCGAUUGUACAGUACGAACAGGCAGGCACUACCCUGUGGUUGUUGGCACUGACAAUUUUUCUUGGAGCACUUUUGAUGCUCUGCAUUGCUCUCUGUUUGUCUCAGAGGGCGUCUUUCCAAAGACAACUCAAAGCUGCCAAUGCCUCCCCCUUCGGCACCACCGACUCGGAAUUUAUUCGGGGUCCUGGGGGAGUUCCAAAUACCAAUAAACAUAGUGUUGAGGGUAGCAAUCCCAUUUGGAUGCAUGCUUACGAAAAUGAGUGGUUCAAGAGUGAUGAGUCAUUUAGUCACACAUCGGAUAGGGACUCUCUUGAUGAGAAUGCCCUGAAUAAUGAGGAGAACACGAAUGAGGGAGGAUUGGCAUUGAGAAACAAUGAGAAUCCUUACUGCGCUAUGUCAGGACACAGACGUUCUUCUAUUUCUAGUAGUGUUGAAACCGUGACUGAUACCCAAAAUGCAUUCUGCCGGGAAUCCCCGAUUUAUCAACACCAGAAUCCAGUACCAAAUAAUCCACUCGGCAAAAGAGUGGAAACCACAGAAUUAUAGAUUAAUAUCCAACUACACUUUGUAAAUACUCAGCUACAUUUUUCUACUCAAUAUUUAUUCGUGUCGGUAUUUUUAGAAUGCCAGACGCUAUUUAUCACUCGUCUCUCCUGGAACUCCGAUAACCUCUCCUAAGAGACCAAAACAAAUAUAACGGACCAUUAAAAUUUAUUUAUUAAAAAUAUUAAAGGAUGUCUUAGGGCAACCAAAUUAAUGUAAAUGUA